AUGGUAGCUACUGCCAUUUACAGCUAUAUUCCACCUCUUAACCUUCAAAUUCAUCUCUACAAUCUUAAUGGUACCCAAUCUGGCUCUCAUCCUUACAGCAACGAGUAUAACAUAAUUAUUACUUCAAUUCUUGAAACCAUGCUUGAUGGUACAUCCAAUCGAAAAGAGAACACUCCUCUAGAGCUAGUUCCAAAGAGAAUUCGGAGAGAUUCUCAUCAGGAGCCAACGCCUCCAUUCAAGAAACAUAAGAGAUCCGAGUCGCCAACUAGUCCGGAACCCUCUGCAGGAUCUUCUCCAGGAUCUAUUUCAGAUUUCGCUCCGGAAGAACAAGAUCUAACCACAUUAUCUCUUGUAAAAAGAUCAUUGAUAAAAGAUGGAGUUGAUGCAGAAACAUCUUCUGAGACUCCUCCAAGCAAGGCGAUAACAUUCAAAUCACCGCUGGGGAUCGGUCCUUCCAGUCAAAACAAUGCAGGAAUUCCAGAGACCAAGAGGAUCCUGGUCACCAAAGAGAAUACUCCCGCUUCUCCCCUUUCACCUCAAUCAAGCAGUGAUAUAUCUUCCCCACCGUCACCUGGGUCAAGCAAUUCUAUGCUUCCCCCACCUUCUCCUCGACCAAAGAAUCUCAGGCUUCCUCCCCUUUCACCUCGACCGAGCAAUACCGUACCUCCUCCCCUUCCACCUCGACCGAGCAAUACCAUGCCUCCCCCACCUCGACCAACCAAUGCUAAAGUAUCUCGUAGUAGGAACACUGACAAAGAUAAGGAGAGCAUGUCAUCAUCUGCUUCAACUUCCCCGUCUUCUUCCCGAACGCAUAAUCCUGAGCCACUCAAAUUGCGCCUCAGAUCAAUCAAUGGCAAAUUCAGAAAUCGGAGUAUUAAUAAAAAUCUCGCUGAUGAUGAGGGAAUUGAUGUCACCGAUGUCACUUCUAAUUCCAAAGAAAGUAAUAUGAAAGAGGGGUUGGAUGGAGGAACAGGUACUUCAAAAUCCAGUACCUCAACCGUACCACUCCUUACCAGCUCACGGAUGAUACGUUUGUCGCAUUUCUACCGGCGAAUCAUGCCUAAGCCAUCCGAGGCUAAUAAGGUGCCUACUGAGGCAAUUGAAAUGGUCCGAGAACAAAAAAAGAGUUUAAGAGUGAAGAAUGAUGGAAUUCCUUUCCCCAAUCCUCCGGGCCCCCCCUAUGCUACUACUUACCGUGGGUUAGACUUGAAGACCCAAAUAGAAGCUCAUAAAUGUAACCUUUGUAUUCCUUAUGGUUGGAAAAUUCCUUACCCCCGACUAGAAGAUCCUCUUAUCACGGGACCUCUCUACCGCGAAGUCCUUCACUUGCGAAGAGAUUCUGGCGAAAUCAUCAUUACUGCCAUCGAGUUUACAGAUGCACCGGGCGAAGAUAACGUUCACGCAUUUCUUGAUCGUGCAGAGAAUGAUGCUCACAAUGCAGGUAUGCCUAUGAAUCUCGAGCCGAGAAUACUCGCGGUGAGAUGGGGCAAUGGAGUGCAGUCUGGUAAUCCAAAAUACCGAUCGAUUUACAGUUUUUAUCGUGAUCCAUACAUUCUUGUAGUCGGCAAUUCUAAUGCAUGGAGAGUAGCAAUUCAGCAAAUGCGGAGCAGGUGUUUGACAAAACAGAGCUGGAUCAUUUGGUGGACGGAGAAGGAUUAUGAUGAAGAUUGGAAUACGGAUGUUUCGUGGUAA